UAACUUUCCCAUGCUGCUCCAAUUCCACUUCCUCGCCGCAUAUGACGUCUUCACAGCAACCCAUUCCGACGGCCAAUACAGUCAGCGGCUUGCCGGUUACAACUCCGCCCGAUAGAAUCAGCGGCUUGCCGGAUUCAAUUCUCUGUCAUGUACUCUCUUUUCUCUCAACCAAACAUGCUGCAACCACAAGUGUACUCUCAAAGAGAUGGAAACCUCUAUGGCUCUCGGUCUUCACCUUUGAUUUCGACGACACAGCCUUCAGAUUUUCCCCCUCAAGAAUUCUCUCUGCCAUGAACUCGACAUUGCACCAGCGAGACAUCGCACUACCAAUCCAUUCGUUUCGCUUAAUAUAUCAUCCAUAUUCUCUUUGCUACCAAAAUGAUAUCAAUCAAUUUAUUGAGUUCGUCCGAGAUAGAGGAGUACAAAACUUCACCCUCCACCAAAUGGUUCGAGUUUGGGAUCGGCCAUCAAUUGAAUUACCUCGUAGCAUUCUCAAUUGCGAGACACUAGAAGUUCUUAAGUUGAAGGGCAUUAAGAUUGGAGAUAUUUCUCAUAUGCAGGAUUUACAUCUACCUAAGCUUAAAACUCUCCAUUUGAAAGACGUACUUUUUGAAUGUAAUCAACAACUCUACAAUCUUUUAUUACGAUGCCCGCUUCUACAGGAUUUUGAAUCAAAACACAGUAUCAAUAUCGAAGACAAUAAAAACCUUCAUCUCCUAGAAACUUACGAGGCCUUACCUAAUUUGAUCAAAGCUAAGUUAAAUGAUGAUCUUAUAAGAUGUCCGUUGAGUAUGCUUCGUAACACAAUCAUUUUGUGUGUAGAUAUGAGUAAGCGUUUAUGUUUCUUCGGCAAUCUUGUCUUGUUACGUUCUAUUCCCACGUUUCAAAGAUUGACUCGCUUGGAGCUUAACUUUAAAGAUAUCGAUUGGUUCGACAGAUGCAUCUGGUUGUUAGCAAUACUCAAACAGUCUCCCAAACUUCAAAAUCUUAUCAUUCAGGACACUGGAGUUCUAGAAGAGAGGAAUGGCAUAUGCUGGAAGGAUCCACAAAUUGCUCCAGAAUGUCUUUCAUCACAACUUAAAACUUGUUGCAUUAGUGGUUACAGAGGCACCGGCUGGGAUUUCAAAUUUGCCAAAUAUAUAAUAGAGAAUUCAAAAGUACUCAACACUAUGACAAUUCAUAGUAAAUGUUCCAUACGUAUGAAUAAGAACCAAAUGUUUGAUGAUUUAUCUUCAUGCACAAGGGCCUCUACAACAUGCAAACUUUUAUUUGAUUGAUUUUCAAGGCUACGCCAUAUCAGCAAUAGAUCCGACAUAUGCAACGCAUGUGAUGGUUUGAAAGACUUGAACUUUGUUUCAAAUUUUCCUCUAUAUCCGGUUUCACGUUUUCAUGUAAUUAGGGGAUUCUAGAUGCUCUUCACUUUAUUUUUUAAUUUUCUUAUUGGUCAUUGUUUUAAAUUUGGGAUUAUAUCAGUUUUUGUUUAUUUGUUAUUGUUUCUCAAGUUUGCUAAUGGUGUAUUUUCU